AUGCAGUGUUGGCAGGAGAGAGCAAAUGAGCGUUGGGCUCGCGCUUAAGCUUGUGUUGGCUUAAAAAUUACUCAGCCACUCGAUCAGUCAGUUAUUGCUACGCGAUACAAACCAAGUCUUAUUUACAAAUUUUAUUUUUAACGCAUUUUCAACUUAUUUUUUCCACCAAACAGCAGCUGUCUAACGAAUUUUACAUAUCAGUAAAGUGAAAAAAUAUAUUCGAAAUUGUUUUCUAAAAUUGCAAUGAAAGUGAAAACCGCGAAAUCAUCCCAUCGUUGCAAUUCAAAACCAGCAAAACUUUUAUUUGGCAAUAAAAACAAUACGAAAAAGUAAAAGCGCACAAAGUUGCCAAACGCAUUUGGCCACAUAAUAAUCGCAACAAAAGAAAUUCAUAAAUACCCGAAAAAAUAGUAAAAAGGUGAAAUUAAUUAUAACAAAAGCCAAACCAACACAAAAGUGAGCAAAAAGCUAGAAAUAAAAAAAAAGCAAAAAAUUAAAAAAAUCAGUUCCAUUCAAAAGUAAAUAAAAGUGACGGUUGUGCUGCUACACUACCAACAAUAAUAACAAAAACCGCAGCAGCAACAACAACCACAACAACAAUGCUGCCAACAACUCUUAGUUGUGGAGUUGGCGCAUAUAAAGCGAGUAACGAAACCACAUUUCGAAUACAAAAGCAAAAUCAGCAACAACAACAACCACAGCAAGAGCAAGAGCAACAGCAACAAACAAUGCAGACGACGUCAUGCAGUAAGCAGCAGCAGCAACAACAGAGCAAGCAUGCACAACUACAACGAAACUUACUCAUUGGAUUAAUUUUAACAGCAUUUUGCGCACAGAGUGUACUUUGUGCCGACUUAGCCAUAAGCAUACCUAAUAAUCAAGGGCUGGACAAUGUCUAUUAUCGCAUUGACUACAGUCCGCCAUACGGUGAUCCCGCGCCAAACACAACAAUACCGUCGCGUGAGAUUGGCGAGGAGAUUCAAUUCUCACACGCUCUGCCCGGCACCAAGUACAAUUUCUGGUUAUACUAUACAAAUUACACGCAUCCAGAUGUGCUAUCGUGGACGGUGACAAUUACCACAGCGCCCGAUCCGCCCUCGAACCUCUCCGUGCAAGUGCGCAGCGGGAAGAAUGCCAUCAUCUCAUGGUCACCGCCCACCCAAGGCAACUACACCUCCUUCCGCAUCAAAGUGCUCGGCCUUUCCGGUGCUUCCAACUCAUACAAUCGCACAUUCGUCGUGAAUAACACAUUCCAGCACAGCGUCAAGGAGUUGACGCCGGGCGCCACUUAUCAGGUGCAGGCCUUCACCGUUUACGACAACAAGGAGUCGGUGGCAUAUACCAGCCGCAAUUUCACAACAAGUAGAAGGACGCGACAUAAAGAGUUGCUGGAUAUAAAGAUUCUGCGAGAGCCCAAUACACCCGGCAAAUUCAUUGUCUGGUUCCGUAACGAGACCACACUGCUCGUGCUGUGGCAACCACCGUAUCCCGCCGGCAUUUACACCCAUUAUAAAGUAUCCAUUGAACCACCGGAUGCGCUAGAGAGCGUGCUGUAUGUGGAGAAGGAAGGCGAACCACCGGGUCCAGCGCAAGCGGCGUUCAAAGGGCUUGUGCCCGGCCGUGCUUAUAAUAUAUCGGUACAAACAAUGUCUGAAGAUGAAAUCUCCCCACCGACCACCGCACAAUAUCGCACAGUACCGUUACGACCGCUAAAUGUGACAUUCGGUAAGGAUUACAUCACGUCGAACUCGUUUCGCGUGCUAUGGGAAGCGCCAAAAGGCAUAUCGGAGUUUGACAAAUAUCAAGUUUCGUUGGCCGCUUCACGUCGCCAAUCAACUGUUUCACGAAAUAAUGAUCCGAUUGCUUAUUUCGAUUUCCGCGACAUCGCCGAACCGGGCAAGACAUUCAAUGUUAUCGUGAAAACCGUUUCAGGUAAGGUGACCUCAUGGCCCGCGGCUGGUGAUGUCACAUUGCGACCGCUGCCAGUGCGUAAUUUACGUUCGUUCAAUGAUGACAAGACCAAUACGAUGCGAAUCACAUGGGAGCCGGAUCUAGCGAGUACACAGGAUGAAUACCGUAUAGCUUAUCAUGAACUAGAAACGUUCAACGGCGACACGAGCACCUUUACUGAAGAGCGCCCAAGUACUAUACUGGAGAGUCUGCUACCCGGACGCAAUUAUUCGGUUUCCGUGCAGGCGGUCUCAAAGAAAAUGGAAUCGAAUGAGACUACAAUAUACGUGGUGACACGUCCAUCCUCCCCCAUCAUUGAGGAUCUAAAGAGCAUACGCACAGGUCUAAAUAUAAGCUGGAAGAGUGAUGUGAACUCCAAGCAGGAGAAAUAUGAAGUACUCUAUUCCCGCAACGGCACCUCUGAGGUGCGUACCAUAGACACAAAGGACUCGCGUUUGGUCAUCACCAAUUUGCAUGCUGGCGCCGGUUAUGAGGUGAAGGUCUUUGCCGUUAGUCACGGUCUGAGAAGUGAACCGCACGCAUAUUUCCAAGCAGUGUUUUCCAAUCCACCACGCAACAUGUCCAUCGAAACCGUACGCAGCAACUCUGUGUUAGUGCAUUGGGCGCCACCUGAGAAUAGUGAUUUCACGGAAUACUCGAUGCGGUAUCGCACAGAGACUAAGGAGCAAUGGUUUAACUUACCCAGUGUGCGCGCCACUGAGGCGGAGAUUACCGAUAUGACUAAAGGUGAAAAGUACACUAUACAAGUUAAUACUGUUAGCUUCGGUGUGGAGAGUCCCAAUCCACAAGAGGUCGUUUAUACCGUACCACCGAAUGAGGUGUCAAACAUCAUACCCUUGGUGGAUUCGCGCAACAUUACGUUGGAAUGGCCGAAGCCCGAGGGACGCGUCGAAUCCUAUAUAUUAAAGUGGUGGCCUACCGAAAAUUCGAGCAAAUCUCAAACCAAAACAGUAUCUGAGAAUAAAUCGGAUGAGUCUUCCACCGUACGUGUUUUGAUUGGUGAUCUGAUGCCUGGUGUGCAGUACAAAUUCGAUAUACAAACCACUUCCUACGGAAUUUUCUCACGCACCACACACCUCUCCACACGCACCAUGCCGCUCAUACAAUCGGAAGUGGUUGUUGUAAAUGACAGACAAGAGGAUGAACGCGACACCAUAACUCUCUCGUACACACCAACACCACAGUCGUCUUCGAAAUUCGACAUCUACCGCUUCUCACUCGGUGAUCCAGACAUUAAGGACAAAGAAAAGUUGGCCAACGAUACGGAUCGCAAAGUCACAUUCACCGGGUUAAUACCGGGUCGUCUAUACAAUAUCACUGUGUGGACGGUAAGUGGCGGCGUGUCCAGUCUACCCAUACAACGUCAAGAUCGUCUCUUUCCCGAACCGAUAACACAAUUGCAUGCCACCAACAUAACAGACACUGAAAUCUCGCUGAAAUGGGACAUACCCAAGGGCGAAUAUAAUGACUUUGAUGUACAAUACUUGACCGCUGACAAUAUACUCGCACAAAAUAUUACCACACGCAAUGAAAUCACCAUCGCCGAUCUACGUCCACAUCGCAACUACACAUUCACAGUUGUUGUGCGUUCGGGCACCGAAUCUUCGGUGUUGCGUAGCAGCUCACCACUAUCGGCAAGCUUCAGCACAAACGAAGCAGUACCAGGACGUGUUGAACGUUUCCACCCGAUCGAUGUGCAGCCCAGUGAAAUUGUUUUCGAGUGGUUGCUGCCAACGAGUGAGGCCAACGGUGUCAUACGCCAAUUCUCCAUCACGUACAUGAAUGUGAACAAUGCCACCGAGAGGCGUAUACAACAAUUCGAGUCUUCCGAUGUCACUGGCACCAUACGCAACCUGAAGCCGGGCGAAACGUAUAUUUUCAAAAUACAAGCGAAAACAUCGGUUGGCUAUGGACCGGAACGCGAGUAUAAGCAAACGAUGCCCAUUUUGGCACCGCCACGCCCAGCCACACAAGUGGUGCCCACCGAAGUGUAUCGCAGCUCGCAAACAAUACAGAUACGGUUCCGUAAAAACUAUUUCUCCGACCAAAAUGGGCCGGUUCGCUGGUAUACCAUCAUUGUCGCCGAAGAUGACGCUAAAAAUGCUUCAGGUCUAGAGAUGCCAAGCUGGCAUGACGUGCAAUCGUAUAGUGUAUGGCUGCCAUAUCAGGCAAUCGAUCCGUAUUAUCCCUUUGAAAAUCGUUCGGUAGAGGACUUCACUAUCGGCACAGAAAAUUGUGAUAACCGAAAGUUAGGUUACUGCAAUGGACCGUUAAAAUCGGGCACUACAUAUCGAGUGAAAGUCCGGGCCUUCACAGCGCCUGACAAAUUCACGGACACAGCCUACAGCUUUCCCAUACAAACAGAUCAAGAUAACACUUCGUUGAUCGUCGCCAUCACCGUGCCACUAACCAUAAUCUUCGUGCUGCUCAUCACUUUAUUCGUUUUUAAGCGUCGUCGCAACAGUUGCCGCAAGGCUACCAAAAACUCGCGUGCCAACGAUAACAUGUCGCUGCCCGAUAGUGUAAUCGAGCAGAAUCGUCCAAUACUGAUCAAGAAUUUCGCCGAACACUAUCGUCUCAUGUCGGCCGAUUCAGAUUUCCGUUUCAGUGAGGAAUUCGAAGAGCUGAAGCAUGUGGGUCGUGAUCAGUCGUGCACAUUUGCUGACCUACCUUGCAAUCGUCCUAAAAAUCGUUUCACCAACAUUUUGCCCUACGAUCAUUCGCGCUUCAAACUGCAACCUGUCGAUGAUGAUGAGGGCUCCGAUUAUAUAAAUGCCAACUAUGUGCCGGGUCAUAAUUCGCCUCGUGAAUUCAUUGUGACACAAGGUCCGCUGCAUUCGACACGCGAUGAUUUCUGGCGUAUGUGUUGGGAGAGUAAUUCUCGUGCCAUUGUGAUGUUGACGCGCUGCUUCGAGAAGGGCCGUGAGAAAUGUGAUCAAUAUUGGCCAAAUGAUACGGUGCCCGUCUUCUAUGGCGACAUCAAAGUGCAAAUAUUGAAUGACAGUCACUAUGCGGACUGGGUAAUGACGGAGUUCAUGCUGUGCAGGGGCAGCGAACAGCGCAUUAUGCGUCACUUCCAUUUCACCACAUGGCCGGACUUUGGUGUGCCAAAUCCACCGCAGACGUUGGUUCGCUUCGUGCGCGCUUUCCGCGAUCGUAUCGGCUCCGAGCAACGUCCAAUCGUCGUGCAUUGCAGUGCUGGCGUGGGCCGCUCCGGCACAUUUAUAACGCUGGAUCGCAUUCUGCAACAGAUAAAAACUUCGGAUUUUGUCGAUAUUUUCGGCAUUGUCUUUGCCAUGCGUAAAGAACGCGUUUGGAUGGUGCAAACCGAACAGCAGUACAUCUGCAUUCAUCAGUGUUUGCUGGCUGUGCUUGAGGGUAAAGAGAACAUUGUAGGUCCAGCGAGAGAAAUUCACGAUAAUGAGGGUUACGAAGAGCAACAACAACAGCUGGAUGAGAACGGCGAAGUGAUUGCAACUAUUGAAGGACAUGAUUUGCAGCCGGAAGAGGCGGAGGAGAUCGAUAAUGAGAACGCCGCUAUCAUACAUGACGAUCAACAGCCAUUAACCGGUUUCGGCGGCGCGGCACACAGCGCCUCAAUGACAUCGUCCUUCAAUGGUGGUGCUCAUAUGUACACCGAUAGCAACGCAGUGGACAGAUGACAUUCGAUUAGCCAAAACGAUAACAACAACUCCGUGGUUAUCGUUUUGGUGGAUAACAAACCCAGCUCGAUGAUCUGUAAAGAG